AUGGGAUCAAGCAGGGGCUUUGCGUCAGCUUUGCGAGCGGCAUUGAUUACGGAUACGUUCCUAGGGCAAUGGGCUCAGAACAUUCCAGCUUUCCAAAGAUCCCGCCUUGCCCGCCCAUCUUCGCACCUUGGAUACCUCGACAGUGGUAGACGGAACGGGAACGGCAGUAGGCGGAUGUUUCAGAGACGGCAGCCCACACCUUCGGGUCUUCCGCAGUCUCCAUCAACGAGCCGUCAUCAACAUCAUGUUAUCAAAUCAUUCAGCUGUAGCAAAAAAUGGGCCCAGCACAUUUGUUGCAACAACGCCAACCCAGUAGCACCACCAGCAGCAGCCCGGUUGUCGCACCUUGUGAACAUGAUCCCGCUGGAGCCGUCUUCUCCGGCUUUUCCAUGCUAUUCUCCAGCUAGAACCGCGGUUCCGUCACCGCGAACCGAAUAUCAGGUCCAAAGGUAA